AUGCCACCGAAGAAGGGCAAGCGUGGCGCCCCUUGGGCUGCCAUCAACGCUCGGAAACAGCAGCUCGAGCAGGCCAAGGCCCGCAUACAACAGCAGGCUCUCAAUACCGCUGCCGAUGCUGCUCGCACCGGUGUCCCGGUCACGGCCUUGGAGUCUCAGCAAGCUGCAAUGCCUCCGCCACAGAAUUCCUCAGAUUGGAGUUCUGGUCCAGCUUCUGGCACCAGGGCUAAUAGGAGAGGAGUUCACCUCUUCGCCACGAACUUGGGCGCAAUGUACGGCGUCGGUGAGGAUCAGAAAUCGGCUCAAGCCGAUAUGAUGGAGAAGCACGAGCAGUUGCAGGCCGAGGCUGCUGCUGCCACGCUUCAGAAGUUGUCUCGGGACGACUCAUACAACAACCCUCCGCCUGAAAUCGCAGCGGCUAUGGAUCGCCAGCGCAAGAGGCAGGGCGGCAUCUUCACGCCAAUCUCGUUCCUUCCGUCAGCUUCUCAAGACGCCCAGGGCAUGACCCACCCAGGCAGCCCAUACAUCCCCAGCAGCCCGCCUGUUGCUCCCAACAUCGGCAGCUCCUACUUCGCGAGGCCGGCUGCGAGCGGUCAGCUUACCAGCGGUGGUGGCUCAUACGUCUCCUCGGCUCCUGUGCCGAUGUCUAGUGAGUAUCAUGCUCAGCCGUCCGGGAAAGCUCCCGAGGCUGCUGGUCAGCCUGGGCUUAAGCGCCUGACGCCACCAACGGAUGACGAGCCAAAGGCCGAGCCCUCAACUCCGAAGGCGAGGUACUAUACAAACCCUCAUCACGGCCCUUCGCGCUAUGGAGGUUGGUUUGCCCACGUUCGCCGUCUCUCGCAAGAUUUGGGUCCUUCGACUCCUCAACGUGUGUUGGAGCCCCCCAGACAGACUGUCUGGCCCCAACGUAGCCAACCGAGCUCCUCUUCCGAGCCCUUACUCACCCCGAGCAAGAAGCCCAAGGUCGCCGAAGAAGACGAAGAGGACAAUGGUUCCGAAUGUGCUUCACUCCUGAUGUCGCUGUCUUCGGGCCCCAGCCCGACAGCUCCAGCUCAGUUCUUCUGA